AUGAGCAGGGACGUUGUAACCAGAAAGAGAAAGGCUCUAAGGACGCAAAUAACUCACCUAAUAACGGACGCCGACAAAAAAAUUGAAGAAAAUGCUGACAAGAACGAUCUCUUGCUAUCGGCUAAUCUGAUUAAAGGAGUCGCAGAAACGCUCAGAGAGACGAACACUCAAAUGGAACAAUUUCUGACGGCCGAAAGCGCGGAUGCAGAAUAUGAGAGGGUGAUCGAAUACGAUCUCAAGGUAAUAACUGCAAUCUCCAAGUUAGAAGUCAGUAUUCAAAACACAACGCAGGGUACGCAGAGAGGAGAACAUGGUGGCCAAGUUCCCGCGUUAAGAGAAACCGCACCGCGUGAGAUGAAUGAACUGGUGAAGCUGCCAAAGCUCGAACUCGUGAAGUUCGAUGGAAACAAAUUGAUGUGGCAACGAUUCUGGCAUCAGUUCGAAACGUCAAUUCAUUUAAGUCCGGGGAUGUCAAACGGACAUAAGUUCAAUUACCUUAUGACGGUGCUUACGGAAAAAGCCGCCUUGGCCAUUGAGGGGCUGCAGUUUUCGGAACGAAACUAUGAACAGGCGAUAAAACUAUUAAGAGACAACUUUGGGAGUGAAGACAACUUGAUCGAGACACAUAUGAAUGCUCUCAUCAACCUGGAUCAAGUGAAAUCCUGCAGAGACCAUAAUGGUCUAGCUCGGCUGUACCAGAAGAUACAGGUGCACACAAGUGGGCUUGAAUCAAUGGGGGUACUUAUCGGGUCAUAUGCUGCAAUGCUGUUUCCAAUAUUGAAGAAAGCAGUACCAACAGACAUGCUGGUAGACUUCAAAGUGAAGGAACAAUCAAGAUCACGUGAUCCAGUAGCGUCCACGUCACAACAAGCGGACGAGACCUCAGGAAGAACAAAUCAGGAAAUGUUGAAGAGUCUAAUUGACUACAUCAAACAUCAAGUGAGAUGCAGGGAAGAGGUGACAGAAGAAGAAACGAGAAAUAGUAACGCGACAGCGCCAUCCCCACCUGCAAAAUGUUCUGCAUGGGCGUCAACGUUCCAGAACACAGCAGCACGUAAAUGCUUCUUCUGUGAUCAAAUUGGUCACUACGCUGAAGACUGCACGAAAACGCAAUCAUAUGAGGACAGGAAGUCAAAACUCCGACUCGACAGAAGAUGUUUUCGCUGUACAAGACCAAACCACACAGCUAGGUUCUGCCAAGCCAGGAUAACCUGCAAGGCCUGCAAGCAAAGGCAUGCAACAUCAAUGUGCCGCCGUAACGAGCAGGGUGAAGGAAUCAACCAAAGCACAUCCACUCAACGCAUAACAGUAAACACACCUGAUCAAAGCGCACACGCAAGUAGUGCAACAUUGUACCGCGAUCAAGAGGUGUCUACGCAGAGGGCAUGCAAUUUCCAUGCCUCACAACAGAUCUGCCGUAGCAGCACGUGCGUGUUACUACAAACAGCGGUCGCUUGGACAGAAGGAAGAUUAGCAUCAGAUUAUUGUCGAGUGAUGCUGGAUAGCGGAAGCCAGCGGUCGUUUAUAAUCGCAAGCUUGUCCAAGAAAUUGGGAUGCAAAGUUCUCAGAAAAGAAAGACUCAUUAUUGGAUUAUUUGGGGGAAAAGAGGUGGAGCGAAUGCUCAAUGUAGUGGAGGUGAAGCUGAAAAAAGAGCCAAUGACAGAAGAAUUUUUGAUAGAGGCCUUAGAGGUGGAAGUCAUCUCAAGAGAGACGCUGCCAAGGCCAGACAUCAAUAUUCAAAGGAACCUGAAAAGGAUGAACAUACCACUAGCAGACGACCCAGAAAAAGUAAUCAGUAACGAAGCUACGAGAAUUCUGAUUGGUUCGGAUCAUUACUGGGAGAUGUGUACUGGACGAAUUAAGAAGCUAGACAAAAGAAUCACUGCCAUGGAAACAGUGCUAGGAUGGACAAUUCAAGGACCGAUGACAGUUCAUUCAGAAUUGACGACUUCUUCCACAGUCAUGGUCUUGAACGUAAGUGCAACAGUCGAGGAGGUCAACGACGCCUUGAAACAAUUUUGGGAACUAGAAGCAGCAGGCAUCAAAGAUAGUCCAAUAGAAAACGGCCACGACGAAGACAUACCCGCCAAGUUAGAAGAUACAGUAACUUUCCAGGAGGGCAGGUACCACGUCCGACUGCCAUGGAAGUCAACAGUUAGCUUAGAUGACAACAGAGGACUGGCUUUAAAAAGGCUGAACCAACUGACCAGAAGGCUACAGAAGAAUCCGGAACUACUUGAGAAGUAUGACAGAGCGAUACGAGAUUAUUUAAACACCGGCGUUGCAGAAAAAGUGAAAGAUGAAGACACAAACGGGCGACUAUGCUACUACAUGCCACAUCAGGCCGAGGUGCAAAAUGAAUUUGCGCAUUACGAUGAGGGCAACACGGAGGUGGCCAAAGACGAAGAGAACGGAGUAUUGGGCCUAAUAUGGAGCACUACAUCGGACGAGCUCAGUCGAGCUCAUCCACUUUCCAGUCGAAAAGUGGAUGGUUGGGCUCAAGGGAGCAACUCUUACCAAGCGGCAAGUGCUGCAAAUAACAGCAAGACUGUUUGA